GGAUGAAUGUAUUUUUUAUCUUAAAACACUUAACAAUACAAUAAAUAGGACAAUAUGUUUAACAAAAUAAAAGCAGUCUUCCCAAGGUACACCUGAAAUAAGAUGUCUCGUUUAGAAACUAGGAAGCCAUCAUUGUGUAAAAGUGAACCACUAACAAGUGAGAGCGUCAGGGCCACACUGGCUGUCUUGAAAGAGAUCGUAACAUCAUGCUAUGGCCCUUCCGGUAGACUGAAGCAGCUGCACAAUGGCUUGGGAGGUUAUGUGUGCACAACCUCGCAGUCCUCCGCCCUGCUCAGAAACCUGCCGGUCACCCAUCCCAUACUCAAGAUCCUGACCACUUCUGUGCAAAAUCAUGUGUUGUGCUCUCGUGACUGUGGCUUAUUCACAGCCAUUCUUUGCUGCAACCUGAUUGAGAAUGUUCAGAGAAUGGACUUGACACCCACCACUGUCGUUAAAUUAAAUAAACAUCUUCUGAGUCUCUGUACUAGUUAUCUCAAGUCUGAGGCCUGUGGUUGUCGAAUCUCAGUUGACUUUAGUAGCACUCAGAUUCCACUUAGCUUGACACACAGUAUAAUAACAAGCAAACCCGCCUGUAUGCUCACCAGAAAGGAAGUAGAGCACAUCAGUACUUUGAUUCUGAGAGCCUUUUUGCUGACAAUUCCAGAAAGCACAGAAGACCCCGUCAUCUUAGGACAGAGCAUCAUUGUGCCUGGAAAGGGUCAGAGAGUUACAGAUUCCACUGUACUGCCUGGAAUACUCAUUGACAUGUCGGAGGUUCAACUGAGGAGAUUGUUACCUAUCCAAAAACCCCAUGCCCUCAAAGUGGCGCUCUUUUGUAUUUCUUUAUCAGGAGAUUUUUCUGACACCGGAGAAGGAACUUUGGUGGUCCCUUCAGGAGUGUCUCUUGAGAAUGCAGCCCUGGACCAGUUGCUUAAUCUAGGGAGGCAGCUAGUUAGUGACCAUGUAGAUCUCGUCUUGUGCCAAAAAGUUCUGCACCCAUCUUUGAAACAGUUCCUCAGUUCUCAUGGCAUUAUUGCCAUUGACAGACUUGGAGUGACUCUGAUGGAAUCCCUGAGCAAAGUGACAGGAACACAGCCUAUCGGUUCCUUAGGCUCAGUCUCUCCAAGUAGCUACGGAAGUGUGAAAGAGGUGGGCUCUACGCAAUUUGGCUCCAAACAUUUCUUUCAUCUCAUUCCUGACAAAGCAACUGUCUGCAGCUUGCUGCUCUGCAGCAGGAAUGACACCGCCUGGGAUGAGCUGAAGCUUGCAUGUCAAACAGCACUGCAUGCUUUGCAGCUAACAAUUAAGGAACCCUGGGUUUUGUUGGGAGGUGGCUGCACAGAGACUCAUUUGGCUGCAUACAUCAGAAACAAGACUCACAGUGAAGCCGAAAGCAUUCUCAAAGACUGCGGCUGUACUCAAGCAGAGCUUCAGUUAAUGGCAAAAGCAUUUUGCAGUGCUUUAGAAUCUCCCGCGUGCUCUUUGGAACAUGAUGGAGGUGAAAUUCUGACUGACAUGAAGUAUGGACACUUUUGGUCAGUUCAAGCAGAGUCUCCCUCUGUCAGUAACUGGUCGGAUUUGCUUUCAAGAUGUGGCUGUGGAUUACUCAGUAGUCAGGAACAACUUGGCUGGUCCUUCUUAAGAGGCACGCAUCCUCCUUUUGCACCACGAACCUACCUUCCACGUGCAGAUGUGGGCUUAGCAGCUGUGGGCUCAGCCAGCAGUCUAACUGUGGACUGUUUGACUGCCAAGCUUAAUGGCCUACAGGUGGCCGUAGAGACAGCCAAUUUGAUAUUAGACCUUUCAUACAUCAUUGAAGAUAAAAACUGAUGUAAAAGAUAACAUCUUUACAUUAUGAAACAAGCUA